CCCUUCAUCCCCUCUCUUUCCUGCCAGGGGCAGCUGCCCUUCUUCCCCUCUCUUUCCUGCCGGGGGCAGCUGCCCUUCUUCCCCUCUCUUUCCUGCUGGGGGCAGCUGCCCUUCUUCCCCUCUUUUUCCUCCCGGGCCUGCAGCCCUUCAUCCCCUGCCGCGGCAGCUGCCCCUCAUCCCGCUGGGGAUGCCCUGUGCGACAGCGUAAGGCUCCUCUUCCCCAGGAUGUGCGAAGGGCUCUGGUGUCUCUUCCUUGUCCAGGACAAAUUGGAGCACACCUCUGAAAGGUGUUGACCAUGAAGGCAUCAGUACCCGCUGUGGCUGUGUGGGGGAGAACAGCUCCCUCUCACAGCAUCACUGCUGUGAUGAUCACAGAUGACCAGCAGACCAUAGUUACAGGGAGCCAAGAAGGACAAAUAUGUCUCUGGGAUCUUUCAUCAGACUUACAGAUUUCAUCUAAAGAAAUUCUUUUUGGCCAUACUGCUUCUGUAACUUGCUUGGCAAAAGCAAGAGAGUUUGAGAAACAGCCAUAUGUAGUAAGUGCUACUGAAAAUGGGGAGAUGUGUGUUUGGAAUGUCACUAGUGGACAGUGCAUUGAGAACGCAAAGCUUCCUUAUAGGCAUACAGCAAUCCAUUAUUACCAUUGCUCAUUCCGAAUGACAGGUGAAGGCUGGCUUCUUUGUUGUGGAGAAUAUCAAGAUGUUCUUAUUAUUGAUGCUAAAACUUUGGGUGUUCUUCACACUUUAUCAUCAUCUCAGUCUUCUGAUUGGAUAAAUUGUAUGUGUAUUGUACACUCUGCAAGAAUUCAAGAAGACUCUUUAGUUGCAGUGUCUGUAGCUGGAGUUCUCAAAGUGUGGGACCUGUCUUCAUCUCUGAAUAGCAUUCAGGAGAAACAAAGUGUGUGCGAGAAGGAAUCAAAAUCUCUGGACUGUAUAAACUGUCAAGCAGUAAGAUUUUGUACUUACACGGAAAGGCUCCUUCUUGUUGUGUCCUCCAUGUGCUGGCAGGUCUACGAUUAUUGUGAUUUCUCCUUGCUUUGUACUGAGUUCUGUAAGAGUGGUCAGUGCUUUGCUGGUGGGGAAGUGCUGGCAGCUUACAGACUUAUCAUCUGGACAGAAGAUGGCCACAGUUACAUCUACCAGCUGCUAAACAGUGGCCUUUCUAAAAGCAUGUACCCUGCUGAUGGGAAGGCACUGAAGGAAACAGUUUAUCCUCAUUUACUCAGCUUUACUGAUAUGAAGCAAAAUAAGAGUCUUCCUUCUGUCAUGGGCUUCAUGAAUGAAAGAAAGGAGCCUUUCUACAAGGUUCUUUUUUCUGGUGAAGCUUCAGGACGAAUCACUUUGUGGCAUGUUCCUGAUGUUCCUGUGUCAACGUUUGAUGGUUCUCCAAAAGAGAUUCCGAUUACAACCAUGUGGACUCUUCAGGAUAAUUUUGAUAAACAUCAUUCCAUGUCAGAGGGCAUUAUUGAUCAACUUUGUGGAUGUGAAGAUGGAUUUGAAAGUGCAGUUGUCAGUUCCUCUGUGUACAUACCUGGUCUUGAUAAGCUUGUAUGUGGAUGUGAAAAUGGGAAAAUUUUUGUAACGUUAGGUUUAGAAACUGCAAGAGCAAGACUUUUAGAAAACAUAUCUUUUCUUAAAGAUAGCCUACCUUAUAAGGUUCUGAACGGUCACAGUAGCAGAGUCACUUGCUUACUUUAUCCACAUGACAAAUCAGUAAGAUUUGAUCCCAGCUGGCUGCUAUCAGGGGGCCAGGAUUCUGUUGUGAUCUGCUGGGAUAUAUUUACUGGUGGCAUCCUACAGCAGUUUAAUCUGCAGUCUGGUGCAGUGACAGAGCUCUUGCGAUCCCCAGAACACUACAGAUUAAAAGACCAGAGUAUAGUGUGCUGUGUGUGCAGUGACCACUCAGUAGCAAUUCUACACCUCCAGAAGAGACAAUGUCUCAUACAUGCUAGAAAGCAUCUGUUUCCUGUGAAGAAGAUAAAAUUUGACCCUCUUGAGAAUGUGCUAAUUGUUGGAUGUGAAGACAAUUCAGUUUAUAUUUGGGAAAUUGAAACAGGCACACUGGAACGACAUGAAACCGGUGAGACAGCAAGAGCAAUUCUUACUGCCAUUGAAGAUUCAGAAUACUUAGUGGCAGGUGCUCUACUUCCUGUGUUUGAGGAGUCAAAACGGAACAAGAAUUCUGGAUACAAACACUCCAGUUCAUAUAAGCAUGGCAUGGGCCCUUAUCCUGCUCAUACCGAGAAAUCUUCAGAUAAGUUGACUGAUACAAGCUGCAUCCAACAGCCCUUUACUAUUUUACCAGCUAAGACAAAAUGGAACAAUGCAAACUUUCAUAUUCUCUUAUUUGACCUGGAAAAAGUUGAGGAACUUCUCUCAUCUCAACUCAAUGGAUUAAAAUCAUCAAAAUCAUUCCACAACCAAUACACUCUAGAAAGAGCUAAAAGUACUACUGAGAAAAGGGCACUGACUUUAAAAAGAAAUAAAACUGCUGCCUUUGUACCUCAAGUAGAUGGGCAGGCAGAGACUGCUUGUUCAGACCAAGUUCAUGGGGAUAAUAAUGCUGCUAAGCCUAUGGAAGAAGGUGGUGGCAUAAAAAGAUGGAAAAAAAUGAAGAGUUCAAGAAAGAUCAGAAUGCAGCCAUCAGGAAACAUCGAUGUGAGAAUCGCAACUGAUACAGCCAAACUGCUUUUGUCAUGUCUCCUACCAUGGGGUGUAGAUAAAGAAGUAGACAAUCUUUGUGCAAGACACCUGGACAUCUUGAGGCUUCAGGGUCCUGUUUCUUUUGGACUUGUGUCAGGUGAAAGACACCUCUCACUGAUGUUGCCAGGAUGGAAAUGUACUGAUUGUGGUGUGCUAGGAGAACAUGAAGUUUUCAAUUUGUUUUCAAAAAGAGUCCUUGAUUUAUCAAACAAAUACCUUGCUGCAACUGAAGGACCAUUUGGAAAGAAGGAUGGACCUGAGAAUAAUGAUUAUGGAACAAGGGACUUGGAAACAGUAUUUUUCUUAUUUAGCAGAAUAGCUUUAAUCAACAGGAUAAUUAACACACCUUCAGCAGUUACAGAUGAAAUUGAAAGUCCACAGAAAUCAGAAUCUGUACAUGACAAAUGGCGAAAUGUAGAAGCCAUAACAAUUUCAUGCCCCAAUUCUUAUGCAGAAUUACCAAGCAGUAAGAGCAGAUAUCAUUCCCCAGACUUUGGGAGCAUUUCAUUGCUGAAACUCAUUUGUUGUUGGAAUGACCAAUCUGUAAAGAUUGUUGAGGCAAUGCAAGCAGUGCUGCUGGCAGAAGUUCAAAGGACUAUUAAUCCCUUGAGAAAGACAGCAAUUUGCAGAGAGCCAUUUGCCAUAGUAGAGAAUGGAAAUGUCAGUGUGCUGAAGCAUGACAAGAGCUCCAAGUCGGCAAACUUCCAAGAUGUGGAGGAUACGUCUGACAGAUGUGUCUUGGAAGAGUCUGAGAGUCCAGAUGACAUGAAGCAACAUCCCUGGAUAUCUAAGGUGUGCUCCUGUAAGGUGUGUUAGAAAAAAACCACUGGGACGAAAGAAUUGGAAGAUGUAGAAGGACAGCCAAGAAAUAGAACAUAUAUGGUGUGGUGGACAUGAAAUGUUUUUUUGUAUUUAUUAUGCUAUCUUCAAAAAUUCAUUUUCAGAAGAAAUAACUUCCAUAAGAUCAGCUUCUUUUGGCUGAUUUAUUGGCUUCAAUUCACACUUCCAUUGCCAAUAGAUUUACAUAUAUUCAACUAAUUUUGAGUCGUUUUGAUAUAGAAAAUAUCAACUCUUCAUUUUUUGAUAUCAUUCGCUUGUUUAUGUAGUGAUCUUUAGAACCUUGAUUACCAUUAAACAAUUGUAUCAAUUUUAGUAUUGUUUUGCAUACAUAAAAUUUAAAUUUUUCUCUCUCUUUCCUUAUGACUUUUCUUAUCAAUACAUUUUAACACUGAGCAAAACCAAAUUUUUUUACUGAAUACAGAAAUUCACAAUUUGAAUUAAAUGCGGAAUAUUUAGAACUAAUUAAAAACAAAGAGUAUUCUGCGCACUUGUUAUCAGUUUCAAUUGUUAUUAUUCUGUGCAUUUGUUAUCAAUUUCCCAUUCUGAGAGAAUGGGAAAUUGAUAACAAAUCUGGUCAGGUCUAGGAUGUAAAUUCUCCUUUUCUCUAAAUACUGCCAUUACCAUCAUCUGUAGAAAUGUAGUACCAAUAUGGAACUGGAGAAGCCCAUUGGGGUCCUCUUCUGAAAUUAUAUACUUCAUUGAAUAUCAAUUUGUGCUCAUUGAGAAAAGCAGCUAUACCUUUUUUACAUUUUUUUUUCCUAAAAAAAAGUACACUUACAUUUGUAGAAUAAAUACAGCUUAUUAGAACCAUUUAUCACCUGAUAUUCUGUGGGACUUAAGCUGGUUUGACAAACAAUGGCUGCUCAGAGCAGUAAGCUCACUUUCUUUGUUGCCAGUAGUUGGAGUUCUACUGAAGGCAAAGGAUCUUGAGGAUGUGCCUUAUGGAUCUGUAUCUCAUGGUGGAAAUCCUGGUCUGAUUUAUCCCUUCUAAUUGUCACGUUGGCCAUAAGUUCCGUUAACUAGGAGAGUGGAGAUUUCUUCUUCAGUGUGGAAAGAUUCUCUGGAAAUGAAUCUUUUUUUCCUUGUGGGGAGUUGCCAUGGCUGCAGGAGAGAUAAAACCUGGUUUAUGUUGCCACAAUAUGGUUUGAAUGGAGCAGACAUGAAAGCUUCUUCUUUCUGGUUUUUAUAUCUGGAAGUCCAUGUCCCUCAGUGCAGUGUAUGGUAUUGUGACACACUGGGUGGUGAAAGGGCAUUGUGAGAAGAAGUAUCCCAGUUUUUAUUUAACUAAAGAAUAUAUAAUUUGAAUUGGCUGUAAUCCAAAGAUAAAGAUAAUUAAUGUUAUUUUUUGUGACUGUGAAUACCAUGCGGAAAAAUGGCAUCUUUGGGCAGAAACGUCAAUGGUUUUAACAGAUUUGGUAGUUUUCAGAACUUUCCUUGUUCAUGGAAGGUAUUUUCCUCUCUGAAAUGUAUCUGAUGUUCAUAUGUGGUUGUAUUUGAAUUAUGAUGACUGAAUAUUGAGUGCUAUGGCUUCAUUCUUGCAUUUCUUGUGCUGGAUGUGUGGAAUAAUAUCAUUGAUGUAUUUAUACUUGCACAAUGCAACUGAGAGCAGAAUAUGUCUUUAGCUAACAUAUAUCCUCUCUUAACUUUUGUGGGUGAAUGAGAGUUGCAAACAUCAAGGAGGUAAAAAUAAAAUUGUAAAUAUAGCAACAGAACUUAGUAGCCCUACAGGAGCUUUGCAGACAGUAGUACAAAUUGCAAACAAAGGAUGGACCCAUCUCCCUCCUUUGCUCCUCUUCCAUAUGAACAAUCACAUCCAGUUGUUGCAGCAGUCUCUUCCAUGGACAUUAAAAAGUUAAUUCGCAACCAGCAUCACUGCUUUGUAUCAGCAUCUGCUCACUUGGGUCAGGAUAACAAAUCCUUUGAAAACUCUUUCAUUUAGAUAUUUCAAAAAUGCCUAUGUUGAAGGAGGUCUCAUACCUCAAGGAAUUGGCAUUGUCCAUAACACCCAGUACUGCUGUAGUAGCAAUUACAUUUGUGCAACAUGAUAUUUGAUUGCUUGUCUUUAAUUCUGCAAAACAGUGCACAUCAGCAGCCUGCCGAUAGAGCCAGCCAUCUGGAAUGGUUUGUGCAGUGAUGAUCGGUGUUUGGCACAUGCUUGUGCGUGCUUUCUGCUAAUUAUCAUUACAGGAUCAGUAAGGUAAGGCAGGAACUUUUUUAUUAGGUACAUUUAUUUCCCAGUAAAGCAAGUAUAUUGCCGUUG